UCGUGGGAGUGGCGCGGCUCAUCAGCUGGUCACUAGCAGUUAGGAGGAGGGGGACUAUUAUCCUCAUUGUUAUCUGCUCCCUACGUCCAAUUUAUUACUCUUAAUACUGUGACAAUGACAAUAUAAUGUGUACUCUAUGUAUUUAGUUCGUUAUGUUGUGUUAAAACGAAACUGAAGUUCAUUUAUCACACCUAACUUCUUUUCGCAUGUGUCCAUUACUCUGAGUACGACGAUCAAUUUAACAAGAUAUUAUGAGGAGCAUCUAAUUGGGGAACCGGGUCAUAGGCAAGAUGUGUGGAGGCGGUGUGGUGAGCGCUCGAGGUCCCCGCCCCCCUCAGCAGCUGCUGCCGCGCCCGCUGUGCCUCCGUCGCCGCCGCCGCCGCCCCCAGUAACCGCCACCACCAUGACCACUGCCUGAACCCACUUCUCCCAUACCCCCACACCACCACCCUUAGCUCGCUUCCCACUAGUUCACUCCUAUUCACAAGUAUACCUCACUAUCCCGCAACUGCUACUGCUUAUAUUUUCCAAUAUUUUUGUAACUUUCACCUUUAACAGAAAGGCUCGGCAAUUCUUAUACUGUACUAGCUCAUAACUGUUACCACUCACAGAACAUAACUUUGGCCUUAUUUUUCUGGACCUAUUUGCAUCUCUUUACGUUUCCUUGAGCCGGAAUCCACUGAGAAGGUCGUGCUACAGAACUUGUGUAGCGGUUGCCUCGUGUGUCAGACCCGCCUGUGGUUCCAUCAUAGAGUUGAGGUCUUCCUCUAUAGCCAGCAGAAGAACACCUCUCGUCUAGAGCCUGUGUUUUGAGGCUCUAGAUUGAGAAGUUUUCUUAGCACUUCACUAUGAGCCAAGUGUAAUACAUCCCAACAGAAUUUUCUUUUUUGCUUAGUUGCAUUUUAAUUUCUUUUAGAGCCGCUUGUAUCAAACCUCCUUUGACCCUAUCCUGUAUCCUACCUUAUCUUUAAUUGUUAAUUUACUGUACGGCUAGUUAUCCAUUUUUCUACACAAAGUUACUAUCUCGAUAACGACAUGAAAACGACUGAUAUUCUCCCACCAACUGAAGUGUUUAAGUUGUUAUGAAGCUUGUACGGUGUGAGUGGGCGCCAUCACUGGUGGUGGAGUGGCUGUGUGGGGAAUUGGAGGAACGCGGAAUCCCGGGCCCCACGUACGCACACACCCUCCUGUCCCUCCUCCACCACCACUACUGCCCCCACCCUGCUCCUGCAACACCUAUCUCUGCUACAGCCUACUCUGGUAACGCUACUGGUCGCUAUCACCAUCCACUCUCUCGCCGCCACCUGGAUGACUUUGACUUGCGCGAUUUGGACUUGGAUGACCUCUUAGGUCACACUACUCACCCAGACGCUGAUCUUCCUGAUCUUUCGUCCUUCACACCACAACAGCGUGGAGGAAGUCGUCGUGCUCGUAAACGCCACAAGGUUCGCCAAAAACAGCGAAUUCUGACCUCAGAGCAACUGCAGAAGGUGGCAGCUCUCCAGUGCCUCAUGUCUGCUUCUGAUGAGCGUUAUGACCUAGAGAGCCUGGUAGAAGAACUGUGUUCACGCCUAAAAACUGCUGCUGAGAAUGAGCACCUUAAUGCGACUAACAGUACUCCUGCUUGUGGUAAUAAGGACAAAUGUGUUACUCUGAAUGCUGUCUCUCAGGAUAGCUGUAAUGACACAGAUGAUUAUGCAUCUUCAUCUACACCAGAGGAACAGGCUGAAAAGUACUAUGCAGCCUUUCCACCUCUAAGUAGAUCUUGCAAAGAAAACUGUGUCAGGGAAAAACCAUGGAAGUCAGGAGAUACUCUCUGUUCAUGUGUCUGGGAGGGUAAGAAGUCCUCAUUCGCUGCACAUAGUGAAGCCAUUCAAACCAGCACCAUCAAAAUGCCUCGAACCCACCGAAAGAAGUGUCGUGAAAAGGAAAAGAAGGAAGUGGAGGCGAAACUUGAUGGGAUAGCAAUCCACGAAGGAUCUCGGCGGCACCAUGUUUCAUUCACAGGGCACACUGCUGCAAAACAUAAGGAAGCACAAUUAAAUGAAAGCUAUGACACCGACAGUGCCUCAGAGCCAGAGAGAAAUGUAGAUAGAUGGCGUAAGAAAUUCAUGGGACCCCUAUUAGAUGAGGAUAUUGGAGAAGGAUACAUUGGUGACACCAGCUCACGUGAAAGUUCUGAAGACCGGGAUAAAGGAGACCAGGAUAUAGAGAAGCCCAGAGAUGAUAAAUCUGAUAAAUCCUCAGGUCCUUUGAGUGUGGUAAAAGGAAAAAUGAGCCAAGAAGAGUGGGAAUGUAUGGGAGAUUUACUCUUAGGAGCCAGUGACAAUGAAGGUGACAGCUUGCAUGGAGGGGGAGGCAGUCGACUCUUUGAGCGUGGAAGCACCUCUGGUGGUACAAGUGGUUCUAGUAGUGAUGUUGAGACCCAGGAAGCAGAAAGUGUGAGGCAGUUGGAAAGGAAAAUUUCUGAUUCUGUGGCUCAAGUUUGGGGUCAGGCAGGGGAAUCUCUUAGCCAUGGCCAAGGAGAACAUGUUUGGGAUCCACCACCUGUGCAGGAAAUGGCCCUAUACACUACAAUAUGGGGCUUUAAUCUUCCAGAGCCACAGGACACACAGGACUGCAUCUCCUUAGAACAUAGCCAUUGCAGUGAAAUUAUUCAGGAGCCUUUCACACCCAUAAAUGACGAUUGGCAUCAGAGUCACUCUUGGCAUGCUGUUAACCCCUUAUCAGAAGAGGAUCCUUUGUUAUGUAGUAUAUCAGGUCAAAGCCCUCUUAGUAAUUAUAAAGAAAACUCUAGUAAAGAAGCAAGUACCCUUCUCCACUUGCACAACAGCUUAGAAAAGUCCAUAUGGUCAGACUGUAAUGCUAAUAAUAUUUCUGGUAGUGAAGGUACAGUUCUUGUUUGCAUGGAUGAUCAAAUUAAUAAUACUUUGGAACCAUUUGGAGAAAAGGAGGCAAAAUGCCACACAACAGAAGAAUUAGAGAACAAAUUAUGUGAAUCCUUAAUGCAACUGGGCUUAGAAAAUAUAUGGGAAAAUACACUAGGCCUGGAGGGUGUUUUUGCAGAACUUAGAGUAAGUAACGAUAAUUUAGAAUGUGUUUCUGAGAACAAUAGUUGUGAAGAAGUUGUACAUGAUAGCCAAACAGAUUCAGAGCAUGAGAAAAUGAUGGCCCUUGUUGAAGAUGUGUGUAAAAGCUAUGAGUCUCAAGAAGAGGCUGCUCCAGACAGUUCAGUGAUAAAGCAAAUGCCAUCUGGACCAAGUGGUCCCCAAGCUGACCUUCGCCAUACAGAAAGCAGUGGCUUCUCAAUGGUCAUUCCUCGGAGUAAAAGUGUAGAACCAAAUUCUUCUUUGGAUCAGGUGUCAGACAAUUUACUAAUGGGUUUAGGAAAUAAAACUGUAUGUCAUAGCAGAGGGUUUGAGAACACCGAGACACUACCACCUACCCAGGAGGAAGAAAAUUUAUUAACCUCUCCUCGUACACACUUUCGACCAAUUCGACAAGAUAGUGUAGGGAGCACGGCUGAUGAUCACUAUGAGGAUGGAACCAUGUUUAUUGUCAAUUCUGAGCGUCCAGAACUGCCAUUCCAGCGCACAAGUAGUGGGGCAUUGUUUCUGGAGAGUGACCUUUUAGAGGGUUCACCCAAGAAAUAUAUGGUUUAUAAGGAGCCUGUACCCAAGUUGGUACAAACAGAGGAAGAACCAGAAGUUGUUGCUCAUGAAAGUUUUCAAGCUAUUGCACUAGUCCCAAAGUUCAAAGUUGUGAACAAUGAAAAAUUUUGUCAAACUGAAGAAGAAAAUAUGCCAAGUAGAAAGCGAUCUUUCUGUAUAAACGUAGAAAAAAUGGUUCCAUGUGAAAAAGUAUGCCUUGCAGACCAUUUUACAUGUAAAGAAGAUGAACAAGAACCAGAUGUUUUUGAAUUUCAACAUCAGGAUUUUCCAGAUAGCAAUAACUUAGCAAGCAUAUGGAAGAGUGGACCACAGUCCUCUGAGGCAGGAUAUGCCCGUAAUAUUUGGCAAAUUGAAUUAGAACAGGAUAGGGAAAAUGCUUGGCCACAGUUGAAUGACAUAGAAGGUGGAGGAAUGACUGGGAAUGCUUGGCUUGAAAGAGAAGGGGAGGGAGCUACUGGGUGGAGCAGUGAAGGCCACUUUGAGCCACCACCAGAAUCAAACAUUAAUCAGAAAUCUGAAGCUGUUGUAAUUCCAACUUCUCUAGCAUCUCUUUGGCAUCAUAGUAAUUCACCAACUUCUCCAACCAUUCCAUCAUCUAUGACCAGUCUUCAAGCACUUUGGACUGGUUGUACUUCACGAGUUAAUGAGGAUUCGGAGUCUGAUACGAGCAGGGCUAAUAUGUAUAUUAUUACAAACCCAACAACUUAUAUCCCUGGUAAAUUCCACGAUAGUUGUCAAAUGUCUGCUCUGACAGAAGUUGGUCCAUGGAAGCACAUAAUUGACGUGGAAAAAUGUGUGAACAAAAAGAAAGACCAAAUUUGGUUAGAAAAUUGUCUUUUAAGUAAUAAACAGAAACUAAAUACUGAAGAUCACCAGAAAAGGAGUGGCACUGUAGGUGCACAUACUGAUGCACCAGGUGCAUGCACAGAAUUAAGGUUGGAGGUGGACCAAGAGGCUGAUGAGCUCUUGGGGGCUGUUCAUGCUCAGACUGCUAGUUCUGAGAAUUUGCAUCCAAGUAGUCAGCCUGUAGUUGCAGAUGAUCCCUCGCCCCAACCUUUGCAUGAACGCUUAAAAAAGUGUUCCUCAGGGAACCCUGUGAGCAAGACUGCAAAUUCCAGCAACCCUUUAUGCAAAACUAAAACAUUUCCACAGGAAGAUACAGAACGUGAGGACCUUGAUGAUCUGGCACCUGGAUGGGAGUUCAAUGAUGGCUUUGAGUGGGGACCUCAAGCUGUUGGUACUCAUGAAGUAGAGGACUGUCUAGAUGGAGUGGGAGAUGAUGAAGAUGGGGAAGGUGGAGAGGUUUUAAUAUAUGAAACUGAUGGAACCACUUACACCAUUCCCGUGGAAUAUCUGGAUGAUUCCCUCUAUGAUCAGAUCUUCGGUACUUCUGACUCUGCCACUCAUCGUCUGGGGGGCUCCCUGCCAGACCUUCCAUUAGGUGAACCUACUGUUAUACGGUUUUCAAAUGAACUGGAAGAUGAAUGGAAACGGAGUGGAAUUCCUUAUAAGGUUCAGUUGCCUCGUAAACCACGGCCAGGAAGAUGGCUACCUCCCUCUCGACGUCCCUGUACCUUCUUCAUGGAGGGAAGCUGUCGCCGUAGUGACUGCAAAUUCUCUCAUGACCUGGCAUCCAUCACCUGCAGGUUCUGGGAAGAGGGCUCUUGCCUCAAGGGCAUCACCUGCCCCUUCCUGCACGGCUACCCCCUCCGACGCCGACGCAACAAGAGUGAAGGAGCAGCACACAGUGAAGGAGAGAAACCAAAUCAUCACAGAUCUUCUUUCGAGAUUGAUUCCGAGAUGGACUUCCCAACUCUUGGCUCAUCUUGUGAUAGCAAGAUGGGUAGUGUAGAUGAACGAAAUUAUGUGACAUCAAACAUUGGAAACAGUGGGAGUCAUCAAGCUGUAGCUCGAAAGAAAAAGCGUAAAUUUAUCACAAUCACAAAGAAUGUUCUAGGAGAGGCAAAGAAUGCAGAGACAGAUAAAACUAUACGUCGUAUUGCAAGAAGGGAACGAUGGCGACGUCAUACUGAAAUCACUGCUGCUACCACUGACCUGCAUACUGCAACAUCCACUUCCAAUGAGCCACCUCCAACCCAACUUAAUCUGAGAAAGUCUAAGCGCCAUCGUGCUACUGCCUCAGGUCAUGACGAUGUUACUAAGGAGAACUCGGUAAAAAACAUACCGUAAGCAAACAUUUCAGUUUUCAUUAUAGCUAUAGACAUGAUUGCUUUUUUUUCCCAAAGCUGUAAGUAAAAAUAAUUUUUUGAUAAUCAUUUGGUGAUAUUUAAGUAAAGUGUGAAAAUUAGCCUUUCCUACCUCCCAUAAUUUUCUGCACUUUACUUUUGAUUUACCUAUAGGUCUGUUCAAUUUUGUAUUCUUGUGGUGUUGAAAUGAGUUUUGCACUUCACAAUGAAGGCUGUCGUGCAGUGGAGUAUGGCAAGUUUUUCUUAACAAAAUGUUUUUCAAGACCACUAAAUUAUUUUCAGGAGGAUUCCCUUUGCUGUAAAAAAAAAAAGUGGUUUCCUUGGCAAUUAUAAAUUACCCACUUUGAAAAUUUCUUUGUGAAUGGCAGCAGCUAGUAGCUAUUACCGAAAUAGUACAUUGUUUUGUUUUUGAAGCUUGUCCUUCCUUAUACUGUGUGUAGCCUUGGUUGGGUAUGCAGCCUCAAAAAUUCCUGUAUCAGGCAAGAAAAGAGCAAAAUAUAAUUAAUCAUUGCCUCACCACCUUCAGAAGUGUUUAUCCAGUAUUUGUUGUGAAGAGUAGAUAGCAGUCCUAACUAACUUUGAUUGGCCAAUUUAGUACAAUUUGUACAUACUUUCCCCCAAAGCUUCCUCACUGUGGCCAGUACAACCAAUCCUACAUUAUAAAAAUUACCCAACCCAACCAAUACUAUUGGUAGAUCAGUCAUUUGCUCUUAGUCCUGUGUGAUAGUGUAACCCAAAUUUUUCAUCAAGAUCUAGAAUGAGGAGCAAACAUUUAAAGUUGGCUGCAGUUUUUUAUAUAGAAUAUUAUUGUUAUUAUUUCUUUCUCCACUGUGAAUAUAAGGGUCAUAGAAAUACAUAAAAGUAAUGCUCCUCUAAAAAAAAAAAACACUAGGCACAUGUGUGUGUGUGUUUGUGUGUGUGUGUACAUUCAGUUGUAUCCCUUUGCUGUAGGUGCAGCAUAAGGAACUGGAACGUAUAUGUUCCAAUUACUCCAGACAGCUCGCAGCCUUGUUUUCAGUGCUGCCAUUUGUACUAAGAGUAUUCAUACACUAUCCUCUUGGUGCCCUCUCCAAUGUCCAUAUAACCAGCUCAGUCAGUUGUUAGAAAACUGCAGCUGAAUGUAUGGAGACACUGAGCUUUGCUAGGGUGCAAAGAUUCUGUAUGACACUCUUCCUGUUACCCAGAGCUGGGGCUUUUACUUCAACCAAGGGACACAUCUCCCAGCUCAACAUGCUUUUAUGCAGUUUUGCUGAUACAUAAGCACGGGCUCAGGUGAUCAUGUCCCUUGCUUAUCUAUAAAUUGGGCUCAUUAGGUUGGAUCUACAUGUGAAAUGUGUAUCAUGGCACCAGUGUGUGAGGACAUAAUUGCCAUCAAAUAUAUAUAGAAAAUACAGUAAUUAAGGUUUAUAUCACCAAAGAUGGACAGUGUAAAUAGACUGCAAACUUGUUCUAAUUACAGGACUUUGAAUAUGUGAGUGUCACCCGACCAGGUACAGUGCUUAAAAAGUGCCACAUUUUGACAACAAUGGUGAUGUGCCAGUCCUGAGUGGGGGGUUAGGGUUCUUAUGAAGGUACCCAACAAUUACCCUACUCCCAAUGAGCCCCAUAACAUGAUCCCUGUUCUCUCUUACUUUCAUACUACAAUAAGGAUAUUACAUUAAACCAGAAGUGAAUGAAUGUUAGGAGGUUGCUACUGGAGCCUUCAUAAGUUCUAUUUUAUGUUAUGUACAUCAGCAUAAUUUUGGUAGAAAUACUCCUUCUAGUCAAGCAACCCAAAGUUUAAUAGUUCUUUUGAGUUACUUUCAAAAACUGUGAGGUCACAAACUUUUUUGUAAGAAGUAAAAGAAUGCAGUUGUUCUGCAUGUUAUUAGUUAUUUUAAGUUUGUUGAAUCUCACAUGUGUGAGUAUGAUGAACAAGGAUUCUGUAGGUAUUUUUUGCUCUGAUGUAACAUGAAGCAAUAAUGUACUGAUGUCUUGAAAAUAAAGAGAGAACAUGAAGAGAAAAAUA